AUGACCACCGCUCCAACGCCCCCUUUGUCGCUCGAUGACACCCUCGGCGCGGGGUUCUUGGGGCUUGUGGCCGCCUCUUGCUUCUACGGGAUCACAGUCGUUCAGACCUUCAUCUACUACAAGCGAAACGAGAUGGAUCCGGGGUUCUUGAAGGGAUUGGUAUUCUUUUUGUGGAUUCUGGAUAGCUUACAUCUGGCACUGGUAGUGCAUGCGAUCUACUUCUACGCAGUCAUCAAUUUUGCCAACCCGGCAGCCUUGGAAGUUCUCGUGUGGAGCAUAUUGAUUGUAUCCUCCCUUACGGUCUUCGGCGGUAGCAUCGCGUUUCCCGUUAAAGCAUUUCAGCUGCCUUCCUUUACGGCGCUCCCAACUAUCUCAGACAUCCUCUACGUGGCAUUAGGGGCAGGGGUCGUGGCCGACCUCAUUAUCGCCGCGUCUAUGUGCAUCUUACUUGCGCGGCGAAGGACGGGGUUCUCGAAGACGGACUCUACGGUCCGUGUUCUCAUGAUUUACAGCGUGAACACGGGUGCUCUCACGAGCCUGUGUGCACUUUUAUGCCUCAUUACCUAUGCCAGUAUGCCCACGAAUUUCGUCUUCAUCGCCUUUUAUUUCGUUCUUCCUAAGUUGUUCCUGAACUCGAUGCUUGCUACCCUGAAUGCGCGACGCCCCUUGCGUGAGGGCAAUUCGGGGGCCAUGAUGUCCUUCCCGCUCUCGGUCACCCAGUCAGACAACGCUCCUAUGUCCUUCUCCAGCCGACCGCGGUACUCGAGCGGAUAUGGCGGACGUCGCAGCUUCGGGACCCAGGACGACCCUAGGAGCCUCCACAUCCAAGUUGAGACGACGAGGGACACUAAGGCAGACAUGGUGAUAGAGGACGUUCCAAGAGCACUGGAGCGCGAGGCGAAAGGCUGGGAAAGUGCCUACGAGCUGACGCCGGUCGACCACGACGUUGCUAUCGUGGUAUGA